AAAUGGUGACACGAUGGCGGAGUGCAAAACAUUCUUUUACUAUACGUCUUUAUUGAUGCAAAACCACAACUGUGGAAGACAGUCCUGAAGAUGGGGUAAAUCACCGGAAACUUGAAUUCUAGGCUUUCCUAUGUCCGGAAAUCGUCAUAAAGUUGCCGUCGCCAUGUGCCUUCCAAAUGUGAGGGACCACAAACUCCCCUUCGACCAAUAGUAACGAAGUUUUAAGAUUCUACAUACUAGGAGGAGAUUGUUUUCUUUCCAUUCCUUGGAAAUAGCUGGAAAUAUGUAGAUGACUUUAAAAAGAAGGAUGUAACAAUGGCAAGAGUGAAACUUCUGUGAAUCAUUUGAAAAUGUUAUUCUUAGUCACAGUCAUUUUAGGCUUGCUUUUCAUAAGAAUUGACGCUGAAGAAAAUGAAACUUUGUCAAGUUUAAUCAUCAAAUCUCCUGCUUCACCAAAAUUUAGAGAUGAAAACAUUCCUAAUUAUUUUGAAGUACCCUUUGGACAAAAGGUAAAGUUUAGAUGCCCUGUGACUGGAAAUCCAAGACCAACUGUUGAAUAUUUAUUUUUGAAUGGAAAUGACUCCAUAAAAGUGAACACAUCAGAAAAUAGGAAAUUCAGCAAAAAUAGCUUGACAGUGGAAAAUGUUUCAUUUUCAGAUGAAGGCAUAUACUCUUGCCGUGCAUUUAAUAUUUAUGGCGAAAUAUCCAAGAACUUCACCCUAAAAGUUGUGAUAGAAAAAGAUGUUUAUCAUCAGGAUGAACCAGAUGAAGAUGUUUUUACAAGGACUCUUAGAUCAGGAGAACAUUUUGCACCUUACUUUACACAACCUUCAAAGAUGGAAGUUACACUAUUGGCUCGUCCUGCUGGAUCUUCAGUUGUUUUGAAAUGUCCCUCAAGUGGUAAACCAUUGCCAAGUAUUGUGUGGAGAAAAAAUGCACAAAAUCUUAUACAAGAUUCAAACAGGCGUAUUCAAUUUAGGAAGUGGUCUAUGAUCAUAGAUCAUUUAAUUGUUUCUGAUACUGGCAAGUAUGAUUGCAUUGUCUCCAACAGUUUGGGCUCCAUUAACUAUACCUAUGAAUUGGAAAUUCAUGAACGAAUACCCCACAAGCCUAUAUUUCGUGAUGGUUUUCCUGCAAACCAAACCGUUCAUCUAGGAGAAAGAGCUAGAUUUGAAUGUUCUUUUAUAUCAGACCUGCAACCAAGGUUUCGCUGGUUACGCCAUUACAAAGUAAAUGGAUCCUUUGCUGACAGUUCCGAAAUUCCGUAUGUGGAACCUGUUCAAAGUACUGAUCCCAAUGUCACUGAUCCUCAUAUACUUAUAUUAGAUAAUGUGACUUAUGAAGAUCAAGGAUGGAUUACUUGUUUAGCAGGAAAUUCUAUUGGGGUUUCUUAUCGCAGUGCUUUUCUAACAGUUUUACCACCUCCAGAUGAAACAGUUGCUGAACAGAAGCCUAAUCUUUUUGAUUUUCGAAAUCCCUUACUUGUUGCAUUAUCCGUAACCUUCUUCUUAAUCCUACCUUUAAUUAUUAUUGCCUUAGUGUGCAUAUGCAGACAUCGAUAUCGAAUGCGUGCUAAGGAAAUGAAGCAAGUUAUUGUGACAAAAAAAAUAAUUCUUGAGCAUCGACAAGAUGAAACUAAUUCACUAAUCCCAUUUGUCAAAAUUGAUUACAAUGUUGUAACAAAAACAGUUGGUUGCACAGAUGUUCCAGAAUUUGAACUGCCGGAAGAUCCAAUUUAUGAAUUUCCAAGAGAGAAUAUUAUUUUAGGUAAUUUACUUGGGGAAGGAGCUUUUGGACAGGUUCGCAAAGCUAUAGCUCAUGGCAUAAACAAACCUGGAGAGCCAACUACUGUUGCUGUUAAGAUGCUGAAACAAAAUCAUGUUGACAGUGAAAUGGCUGUACUUGUCAAAGAGAUGGAAGUCAUGAAAAAUAUAGGGAAACAUCUUAAUAUUGUUAGCCUCUUAGGAUGCUGUACAAAAGGAGGCCCUCUAUAUGUUUUGGUUGAGUAUGCUUCAAAGGGAUGUUUAAAAGAUUAUUUGCGUGCUCAUCGCAAUCCAGAUGGAUAUCAAGAGCCAAUUGGAAUUAAUGGUGAAACUCCUAAAUCAUUGACUUUAAAAAACCUUCUUUCAUUCGCCUAUCAGUCUGCAAGAGGCCUGGAAUAUUUAAUUUCAAAGAACUGUAUUCAUCGGGACAUAGCGGCCCGCAAUGUUUUGCUUACUGAAGAUGGCAUUAUAAAGAUUGCUGAUUUUGGACUGGCAAGAGACAUUCAAAACAAUGACUACUACAGAAAGACAACAAGUGGUAUUUUGCCCAUAAAGUGGAUGUCGCCUGAAUCCUUAUUAAAUAGAAUUUUCAGUCCAGAAAGUGAUGUAUGGAGCUAUGGUGUACUUAUUUGGGAGAUAUUUUCUCUUGGAGCUUCACCCUAUCCAACAAUUCCAUAUGAAAAAAUGUUCCAGAAAUUGAGAAAUGGCCACAGAAUGGCUAAGCCAGAUCAAUGUCCUUCUUCUGUUUAUGGUAUAAUGCUUGAUUGUUGGAACUAUGAACCAAAAGCAAGGCCGAAUUUUCAAACUAUUGCAAAGAAAUUGGAUAGAAUUUUAUUAGAUUCACUGGAGGAAGCAAAUCAGGUUUAUUUGGAGUUGGAUUUUCCUGUCUUAUCUACGCCUGAAAACAGUACCUCAGGAGAUGUACACUGAAAUUAUUUUGUAUGACAGAAAAUGUUUUUUGUACUUCUUCUUGUACGUAGAAAAUGUUUUCUGUACUUUGAAUUAUUCAAAACCUACUUGAGUUUAUAUUUAGGUCUUGAUUUAACUUAUUUGAAGAUUUGUUUAAACAGUCAAAUCAUUUGUCCUGUGCUUGGUUGUAAUUACUCUAGAAAAAAAAUUCAUCAUGUUUGUAGGUUCAUCAGUUGGUUAUAGUGAUUAUUUUUAUAAGAGAUUCAACAUUAUGAAAUGUAAUAUUAGAAAACAGUUAUGUGUUGAGCUCCGGCAAAUGUUUUGUAUGAAAGAUGAUGAUUUCAGUGAUGGCCGUCCAACAUUUUUUGUAAAUUCAGAUAUUUUUCUGAUAUUAAAAGAUAUUCACAUCUUUCUAUCAGCUUUAUGCAAUUUUUAAAGCAUUGUUCUUAGCAUAUUGACAAACAGAGGAUAUAUCAGGGUUACUAUUUUGACAAAUUCCAUUUUUUUUUAAAUAAAUUUAAAUGGUUAAGAAUUUUAGGAAUAGUUUUGAUCUAAUCAAAAAUAAACUUUUCCUAUGCUAUAAGUUAAAUUUUGUAAAAUAUCUAGAAAUGUUUUGUAUACCAGCUCAAAGUGUGUAAUUAAUACAAUUUAAAAAAAUUCAAAGGCACUAUAUUAAAAUGAAAGUGUUCAUAAAACUUUUUUUUAUCUGUUUAGUUUUUAAAAAAUUAUAAUGUUUAGCAACUUUUAAAUUUCAGGAGAAAAGUUGGAUUUUUAUUUUUGCAAUAUAUUGACAAGAUAGCUCAUGAUUAAUUUCUGUAGUCAAAAUGAAGUAAAGAUUCCAUGUAAUAGACAUGUUUUUAAAUGUCUAGUGACUCUUAUAAUUGCUAGUUUUGUUGAAUAUUUUGCAACUUUUUGUCAGGAAUCAUCACAUUGUUUUAACCUUUACAUUUUUUAUUUUGUUUAAAACUAGGUGUUUUAAUUUUUCUUUUAAUUUAACAAUUUAUUUUACUUUUUUAUGUAUAUAAAAAGAUUCAUAAUGUUUGAAAAAUUUUUCUAGUAAUGAAGUAGUUUAAAGUUGCAUAAGGCUGAUAGUUAAUUUUCUUUUUUUGGGUGAAAUAAUUGAACAUUAAAUGUUUUUUUUUUUCAUAUUUGUAGUGAAUGUAACAGAAGGACUGUCGAUUGUAAAAAUAUUUUAUUAAAUGUUGUAGAUAUAGCAUGAUUUUUAGAGCAACUAAUAAAUUUUUGUUUUGUUAAUAUAUGUAUAGUAUUUGUAACAAUUUCAUUUACUUGUUUGAUCCAGUGAAGUAUAUUAAACCUUUAAAUGCAUUUAAGUUGUUGUAAAUAUUUUCUUUUACCUUUUUUUUAAACUGAUUGCUGUACCCAGUUAAAUUUUUUACUUGUUCCAAUUUAAACCAAUUGGAAUUCAAUAAUUAAAAGAGAUUGAGAAGUUCUGUUUUCUUAUAUCAUUUGUAAAAUACCUUAAACUGUCAUUUAUCCUUACUACAAAUAAUAAAUACUUCAGUGCCUUUGCAUUAUGAUGUUCAAAAGAAUGCUAGAAUUGAGAUCACUCAUGAAUAUUUUUAAAAAAAUUAUAUCUGAUUCAUCAAAAAAAUUAACUUUUAUAAUUAAUUAGUUAACUUUUGUACUUUUUUGCAUCUUAAAUUGGGGUUUUAGGAUAUUAAUACUGAUUUGCCACCAGUAAUGAAGUUAUGGUACUUUUCUGGUUGCGGCAAAAGUUUUUUGGAAAUUGUGAAAUAUCUACUUACUUUAAUGAGAACCACUAAGUUUCUACUUUAGAAUCUUCUUUUAUUAUUUUUAAAAAAUCUACUAAAAGAAUUUACUGUAUUUUUAGUUUAAAAUGUACCAUAAAAAUGUAUUACAUAAUGUAUGUAAUUUUAUGGCUGUUGAAAACAUUAACACUGCAAGGACUCCUAUAGAAUAUUUAGGAACCGGUUUUAAAAAUUGUUAGAACUCUCAUAUUAAAAAUGUAAAGUGAAAAUAAUUUACUUCACAACAGCUCCGAUCAAACUUAUACUCCUUAGAAAUGUAAGGUAACUCUAUUUUACAUCAUCAAACAUGUCUUGCCUCAGUUCCUAUGUUUCAACUUUUUUUUUCUUUGAAUUUUCCAUGAUGUUUAAUUAUGUUAAAAUUGUAAUUUCUAUAUUUGCUUCAUAUAUAAAUCUGCUUAUUUUACUUACUUUUAAUACUAACCCUUUGAGUAUUAGUCUCGGGUUUCUCCAAAACUUCAGCUGCAGGCUUUUCUGCAUCAAAAACUGGUUUUUUAUGCUAUUGAAUGGAAAAGGUGCAGUAAGAAAAUUUCUGUACAAUUUUACUUAGGAGCUGAAUACUUGAAAGGUUAAGUACAAAAAUUCAAACAAUUACACUUCCCAGGAACUUUACUGUUAGUUCAGCCUGAAUAAUGCAGCAGAAGAUGUUAUAGAAACCAGUUAAACUUUCUAAGCAUUUUUCAUUAAACUGCUUCUUUUUGUCCAAUAUUGUAAAUGUUUAAAUCUUAAUUCAAUGAAAAAAAUUCCAUCACUUUGUAUUGAAUGAUAUUUCUUGUUAAUGUUAGACAGCCUGUAUUGAUGAAGAAUGUAUACAUACCAUAUCAUUAAAUUAUAUCCAUAUAAUAUAUUCUGUAACUUAGACACAUCUCUUUCUCAUUCUUAUUUACUGCUGCCAAAGUUAAAUUUUUUAACUUUAUGUGUUAUGUGUAUAAAAAAAUUUCAUACAUCAGGGUGCCAAUUUUAGGUUAUUAAUUCUUUGUUUGAUUAAUAUUUAAUCAAAUUUUG